AUGUUGCUUUUCAGCUUGUUAUUCUUAGUGUCAUUGGCUGUGGCCUUAAUCCCGAAGAAAGAUUUUAAACCUGAGGUGUUUAUAUUGACAGAUAUUUCCAACGAACCUGACGAUGCUGAAUCAUUGGUAAGAUUGUUGCUUUAUUCUAAUGAAGUAGACAUCAAAGGGCUUGUUGCUACUACAUCUUAUUGGUUAAACUAUACCGUUCAUGAUGAAGAUAUCUACCCUAUUUUAGAGGCAUACGGAAAAGUUCACAAAAACUUACUUAAACAUUCUAAGGACUAUCCAUCUGUGAGUUACUUUAAAAGUAUUGUUGCCAAGGGGUCUAGUGCCUAUGGACUAUUGGCUUUCGAUCAAGAAAAAAUCAGUGAAGGGGCGGUGAAUCUCAUCAAGCUGAUUGAUGAAGCAGAAGAAUCACUUUUUGUAUUGAUUUGGGGUGGCGCAAACACGUUAGCUGAAGCGUUGAAAGAGGUUUCAUCUACUAGGUCAACAGAAGAGGUGGACUUGUUCGCUUCCAAAAUAGUUGCGUAUUCCAUCUCGGAUCAAGAUAAUGCAGGUCCUUGGAUUAGGAAGCAUUUUCCAGGAAUCAAGUACAUUGCUUCAGUUCAUGGAUUCAGCCAAUAUGGUCAUUCAGCUUGGGUUGGAAUAUCCGGAGAUAUUUAUAACUUCGUUGACUUCGGAGGGCCAGAUACUUCUUUAGUUACGAAGGAAUGGGUCAACGAAAAGGUGAGAUCUGUGGGACCCUUGGGUAAGGCCUACCCAAUGUUCUUGUUCAAUAUGGAAGGCGAUACCCCUUCCACUUUGUACGUUUUACCUAACGGCUUGUCUGACCCACAUGAACCUUCAUUUGGUUCUUGGGGUGGUAGAUACACCUUGAGCGAUAUCUCCCUUGUAUCUGGUAAUCACUAUGGUGAUGCUUUAGACUAUGCAAUUGGCAAGGACAAUAGGACUCAUGUUAGUGCACAAGCAUCAAUUUGGAGAUGGAGAGAAGCUUUUCAAAAUGACUUCGAAGCCAGAAUGCAGUGGACUGUUAAAUCGUUCGAAGAUGCACCUCAUCAACCUAUCAUUGUUACUAAUGGCUCAGUAGGGUAUUUGCCUAUGGUCAUUGAUAUAGUAGUGGGAAAUGAGGUAGUAUUGGAUGCUUCAGAGAGUUAUGAUCAAAACAACAAUUCUUUGACCUUCAAAUGGUUUCAUUAUAUAGAACCUUCACUAUCUCAAGGAAAUAUCCUUGAAAUCCCCGAAAUUGAAAUCACAAAGUUGAAUGAUGAAGGCUCCAUUGUAUCUUUUACAGCUCCUGAAUUCCAGCAAGCUUGCUUUAAUGUCUUCCUGAGACCUUUGGAAGAUUGCAAAAAGUAUCAUAUCGUCUUGGAAGUGACAAAUAAUGGAACCCCGUCUUUAACGACUUAUAGAAGGUUCAUUUUAAGCACAGACAAAGGCAAUAAUACUUUUGAAAGCGUUGAAUACAAGCAAGCUUUCUUCAAUGGUGACGCAACGUCUCAGGGGGAUGAUGAUAUUUAUGUUCAUGAUGAAUUAUGA